AUGGCUAGAAGACCUGCUCGCUGCUACCGUUACUGCAAGAACAAGCCUUAUCCAAAAUCUCGAUUCAACCGCGGUGUACCUGACCCCAAGAUUCGUAUCUUCGACCUCGGACGAAAGCGCGCCAAUGUCGACGAAUUUCCUCUCUGCGUGCACAUGGUCUCGAAUGAGUACGAACAACUGAGCUCUGAAGCCCUUGAGGCCGCCCGAAUUUGCGCCAACAAGUAUCUCGUCAAGAUCGCCGGCAAAGAAGGCUUCCACCUGCGUAUCCGAGCCCACCCGUACCAUGUCGUCCGCAUCAACAAAAUGUUGUCCUGCGCUGGUGCCGAUAGACUUCAGACUGGUAUGAGAGGUGCAUGGGGCAAGCCGAACGGCACCGUCGCUCGUGUCAACAUUGGCCAAAUUCUUCUCUCCGUCCGAACCCGAGACGCCCACCGUGCCACUGCUAUCGAGGCUCUGCGGCGGUCUAUGUACAAGUUCCCCGGUCGCCAGAAGAUCAUCGUCAGCAAGAACUGGGGUUUUACACCUCUCAGACGCGAGGAAUAUGUCAAGCUCAAGCAAGAGGGUCGUGUUUUGAUUGAUGGCGCUUACGUUCAAUUCUUGAGGAACAAGGGCAGCAUCGAACACAACAUGAAGCGAUUCCCCGGUGCUUACGAGGGCGGCAGUGAGGUUGCUGCUGAGGCAUAA